UCAUUUUUACAAUUUUCCCUUUUCGAUUUCGAUUUUCGAUGUGUUGGAAAUUUGUUCAAAUUGGAAAACAUAUUGAAAUAUUUCUAAUUCUGAAUUAAUUAAUGACCACAUAUUAAAUCUUUUAUCACGUGUUAUCUAUCUAACUAAAAUGACCAGCUUUGAUUCGAAAUACGAUAUGUUUCCGGCAGGGGAUGUAGGUGUGGUGGAGGGGGAAAUGAACAUUCCAUCGAGAGGAGUCCCCUCUGGUGAUAGCAUGGAGUUUAACACACUUGAUGAACCCAUAAAGGAGACAUUUAUGAGAGAUUUGAGGGCUGUCGGCAACAAGUUUUACCAUGUUCUAAUACCAAGAGAAAAAUCCAGUUUAUUAAAAGAAUGGGAUCUCUGGGGUCCACUUCUGCUGUGCACAUUUAUGGCGACUGUGCUGCAAGGGGCAGAGGAAGCAGACAACACCAACGACGGUGGACCAGAGUUUGCUGAAGUGUUUGUGCUUGUUUGGAUAGGAGCCGCGAUUGUCACAUUAAACUCUAAAUUACUCGGUGGUAACAUAUCAUUCUUCCAAUCGGUAUGUGUGCUGGGCUACUGCCUGUUCCCCAUCGCCCUGUCGCUGAUCGUCUGCCGGCUAAUACUGUUCGCCACACAGAACACCUUCCUGUUCUUUUUGCGACUCACCAUCACCAUGGUGGGCUUUGCAUGGGCUACGUUUGCUGCGACUAAAUUCCUGGGCGACAGUCAACCAGACGGCAAGAAGGCGCUCGCAGUGUUCCCCAUAUGUUUGUUCUACUUCAUACUGUCGUGGCUUGUCGUAUCGCACAGUAACGUUUAGGUAAUUCAUUCAUUCACAUACACUCACUGUUCAUUUGGGUAACUUUGCUUUCCGAUGUGAUGUUGGUAACCAAUGGAUGAUAUAAUCGAUUUAGGACCAGUUUCACUACCAGAGGAGUGUCGGAUUUUCAAAAAAAUAUGCUUAUUAAAUAAGCUAUUAAGGCUACAAGGCUUUGCAAAGUAAUAGGUCUCAAAUUGUUCUAUAUAAGGCAAAGGAACAGUGGUGAAUCAUGGAAUUUAGAUGAAAGUAAGCCGUCCCAAAGAAAUUAAAAUUCAUAUAGCGUUUAACAAACUCCAUGUUUCUCAUAUAUUUAGAUACAGUACAACAGUGAAUAUGCACGGAUUUUCAAAGGUAACCUGGCGUGCAUGAACUCUUCGCCACUGGUAAAGAAUGAUGUUUACUUUUUUAUGAUCUAUUGACUAUAAACAUUGCAUUGAAAAGUAAAAUUAUCUAUGACUUUAGUUUAUUUCAAAUAGUUUGUCUUUAGAAAGAGAUGUAUACAGAGAUAUAGUUGCUAAACACAAUCCCAACACGACUAAUCAUUUUUUUUUUAAUUAUAUUGAAAUGUGAAAUAAAAAACGUAGGCAAAAGCAAGCUAUAGGAAAUAAACUAUUACUUACACAUUAUUAUAUUGUGAUAUACGGACUUUUAGGAUAUUGUUGUGAAUAUAUGUUAGCCUUUAAGUAUUUGUAAUUAAGUUUUCAAACGCUACAUUACUAGAGAUGAAGUCUAUAUACUUAUUUGUGAUUAUUUAUUUAUGUUUGAUGUUUCUUUAAAAAUAAAUCUCACAAUAUCAUCAGGUACAGUUAAUAUUGGUAUCUCAGAAUAAAAAAAGCUAGAAACAACAAUUUACAUAUCCAAACAUACGAUAAAUACAAAUGAAAUUAACUAAACGAGGCUGAAAUGUCUCAUCACUACAAAGACAAACAGUUGGCAUAAACUUGAAACAGCGCAGUUCAACAACUUUGUACGCCAGUUCGAAGUUGCAUAGCCCAUUUGAACACGACAUGUCAGAAACAAAAUUUCUGAGCGGCCGGACUUUAUUAUAGAUAACAUAUUAGGGACAGAAUUUUGUUUUGGCGGCGUGGGUGUGUCUGGAAUCUUGAGUUAUUAUCCAUUUAAUAAUAAUUAAAUCGCUUGUCAAUAACAUAUGUCGUAAUUAUAACUGCUACUAUCAUUAUUUAUUGAUUGUUGUUAAUAAAUUAUAUAUUACGCACAAUUAAAUAAAUUAUUAUCAAUUUAUAUGAAAUCCUUUGUCCACAAUUAUGCGUCAUCUGUUAAAUUUAAAACGUGGUUUGAGUAUAUCUAAUAUUGACUGUACUAUAAUGCAAUAUUCAAUGUUGUACACCACUCCUAAACUAUUUUUACCGUAUUUUCAUUGUAGUUUGUUGCGUGUAAUAGGUCAAUGAAUAUUUGCAUUUUUCCCCAGAAUAACAACAGAUAAUGUCGUUUUUCAAUGAGGGGAUAGCCAAGUGACAAGCUAAACGAUCAAUUAAUAAGACUUGCCAAUCGGUUUUGAAAUAUAAUAAUUUGAAAAUAUUAUUUAAUAAAAGAAACGUUUUUCUAAUGGCAACAUUUUUAGUUAACUUGCGCUUUUCAAACGGUUAACAUGGAUUUUCGUCUAUGUAUAUUGACAUAUUAUCUAUGUUUAAUUAAUAAGACUUAUACUUUGACAAAUAUAAAUAUUUUUUAACAUUUUAGUAGAGAACGCAGCCUGAUAAUAUUUAAUCGAUAUUAAAAAAUUUGAUUAAAAAUUUACAACUUAAUUAUGUCAAAUUGACACCUGCACCAUGCUACCAUGAAAAUAGAUCAACUGACAGGUUUGAAAAUAGCGCCAUCUUUUUGUAAAGUUCCAAACUAUAAAGGUGGCAAUAUUUUUGGGGCAGUCAUUUUAGUAUAGCUUUUUAUUUUAAACCGAACCAGAACCAAUAUUUUCCCAACAUUCCAAUUUUAAAAUUUAAAGAUGUUUGAACUUUGUUUUGUACUAUUUAUAAACUAUACCUAUGGAUUUUGUACAUAAUUAUUAUACUAUUAUUUAUAACAAUAAACAAUAAAAAAAACUAUUUUUCUGUC